GAGGCAUGUAGUUCAUAAUGGUCUUGGCAUGUAUAACUAUUAUAUGCGAUAAGUAAACCUGAUAUAUUUUUAUGAAUUGAUAUAUUAGCCACGUGCAAUUAUUGAGUUCCCUGUCACUUAGCCAUAUGAAUCGGAUCAAGCCAGCCAUGGGGGAGCAGCCUAUAUUUACAACUAGGGCUCAUGUCUUCCACAUCGAUCCGGCGACGAAGAAGAAUUGGAUUCCAGCCAGCGGUCAGGCGGUGCCAGUCUCCUUCUUCUUCGACUCGAACAGGAGCACGUACAGAAUCAUCAGCGUGGAAGGCACGAAGGCGGUCAUCAACAGCACGGUGACGCCGAACAUGGUCUUCACGAAGACGUCGCAGAAGUUCGGACAGUGGGCUGACCCGCGCGCCAACACCAUCUACGGACUCGGCUUCGGCUCCGAGGCUGACCUCGCGCAGUUCAUCGAAAAGUUCAAAGAGGUGAAGGAAGCGACGCGAAUCGUCAGCCAAAAGCAGCAGAAUGGCACGUUGCAGUCAUCGCCGCGAGAUGGCAGCACGGGCGACCUCAGCGGCACCCCGACGAAGACUCUAGGACCGAGUUCGCCUGCAUACAUUCCAAGCGCGCCGGAGUCGCCGAUCAGCGGACCUAAGAGCCCGUCGAGUUUUCCGACGAUGGAGGCGCAGCUGAAAUACGAGAACGAGAAGCUAAAGAUCGCGCUCGCACAGAGCUCGGCGAACGCGAAGAAGUGGGAGGUGGAGCUGCAGACGCUAAAGAACAACAACGCGCGGCUGACGGCGGCGCUGCACGAGAGCACGUCCAACGUCGACGAGUGGAAGAAACAGCUGCAGGCGUACAAGGAGGAGUGCGCCACCCUCCGCUCACAGCUGACAAAUAAGUGUGAUGGACCGGAAUCGUCGUCGCAGGCAUCGGGGGUGCCACCAGCAGCAGCAGCAGCGCCGCCACCGCCGGCGCAAUGGCCGGAGGAGCUGCGGACCCGCAUCGGUGCGCUGGAGAGCGAAAACGAGCUGAAGGAGAAGGAGAUCGCCUCGCUGCGGCUGCAGCUGGACGAGAUGGAGUUGGACAUGACCAAAGCCACGGCAGCGCAGGACAAGCUGAAGGCCGUGGAGGAGGAGAGCAGCAGCCUGCAGCAGCAGAUCAGUCGCCUUGAGAAGGAGCUAGCCGACGCGAGGGCGCCGCAGCAGAAAGCUGCCGACAUGCAGCAGCAGCUGGGGCGCCACCUACAGGACGCCACCGCACUUAACGAACAGAUCACCAGCGUUCUAAAAGGCACAUGAUGGCCAGGCGGGGUCGUUGUGUGUCCACCGCCCCACCCUACCCCCACCCGUGUACAGUGACGCUGCAGGUCUCUGCGCAGAUGCUGCGCCUCUAGCGGGCGAUAUCGCCACGUCAAAUGUUUAGACGCCAGCCCCGGGGAUCGCUCUGGAAAGCGUCUCCCGAGAAAAAAUUUCUGCUGGGAACUUUUGCGUAAGGGAUCCCUCCGAGGGUGACUGGGCGAGAAUUUAUUGAGUAAUUUUUCCGAGACGUUCUAUGUAGCUCGCUGUUCUACAUGUUCCUACUUGGAGAACUCUACUAAUGAAUUCUCCCAGAGGAGCCCUUCUACCUUUUUCAUUUAUUACCCACGCCUCUCGUGUGUGUUUAGCACGCAUACACCCUCAUUCCAAAAGUCGCCUAUAUAUACUUUAGUAUUUAUACUAUAAUACUACCAUACUAGUAUUUAUACUUCAGUAUAUGUACUUAUACUAUAUACUACUGUAAUAGUAUAUACUACUUUACCUGUAUAUAUACUCCAGUACCGUCACGCAGCUAGGGGGCUUAAAAAGGUAUUUAGGCGCGACAACGGUAGUACAAUUUACGUAGAGCAGAAUCGCGAAAGAAGCGAAAUAUCGAUAGCUUCGAUAAGAUAAGAUGGCGGUCGAUUGUUGUGCGGUACGGGGUCCGCAGCUAGCAGCUAGCCUGCGGCUGACCGCCAGGUGGCGAUCCGCGAAAGCGUGAGGUCGUCGUCGGCAGGUUGUGAGUGUAGAACGUUCGUGCGUCGUGAGCGACGACGAUUGUCGUUCUUCAUUAAUGCUCACUCACUCAUUUCGUCACUCACUCAUUCCUUCAUUCAUUCCCAUCGACAGCGAGGACCACUAUGUCACCCACCAGACAGCGUGCGUGUGUUGCGCACGUUAGCAUGCCUUUGUAUUGCUCCUGUAUAUCAUUUAUCUUACGAAGGUACUCUAGUACUCGUGGCGGCCAAUGCGGCCCGCGCGUAGGAACUGAUUUGUUAACCGAUGGCGCCAUAACAUUUGAAUGUAACUCGUUGUGUUAUUCAUCGUGUACGCGUCAAUUCAGUCGUUCUAUCCCGCCUCCAUCUGAUGACGACAUUAACGCGAUGCGCUGUUGCUAAAGAGCCUAUGAAUUAUUCGCGUUAGGGUGAUCGGAAGGACAUUUGGUCACGUUGGUCGCGCACGUAUCUGCAACAGUUGCGCGUAGGUAUCAGUCGUGUGCGGCCGAUUCUGUCACUGAAGAUGCAUCGCUAUCUAGGUUCGGCCGCAGUAGCGUGCGCGCGAUAUCGUGCUGCUGCUGCUGCUGCUGCUGCUGCUGCUGCUGCUGCUGCUGCUGCCUUGAAGCGGUUGCGAAUUUAAAAAUCUCUUGAAACUGGAUCGCAGCUAUUAGCCUAGUUCGUGCAGCCGAGCGUGCGACUAACGCGUGAUGGAUGAUUGUGUCGCAUGUCGCUACUCGCGUCAAGUGGCCAUUCAUUCCUUUCUCAUUUGCGCCGAUGUUUUCGACAUUAGUCGAUUCGUUUGUCGCAUCGGGGACAGAGAGAUGGGUCAGAGUGUACGAGGGCGCGCGUCAAAGAACGAUAGUAAAAAGUAUGUACGCGGAGAAGGUGACAGCGGAGGGGUAGAGAGGGUACGGGAGAAGGGGACAGCGGAGGGGUAGAGAGGGUACGGGAGAAGGUGACAGCGGAGGGGUAGAGAGGGUACGGGAGAAGGUGACAGCGGAGGGGUAGAGAGGGUACGGGAGAAGGUGACAGCGGAGGGGUAGAGAGGGUACGGGAGAAGGUGACAGCGGAGGGGUAGAGAAGGUACGGGAGAAGGUAGGAGAUAAGGGUGUGUGUGCGUGCGUGCGUGCGUG